AUGCAGCUCAACACGUCAAAUGGCUCAGACAGCUCUGGGUUUAUCGAGCCGGACGUUCCUGACAAUGAUUCAGCGUAUUUCGGCUCGGAAAAGAGCUAUACCGAAAGCAUCACAUCAAGUGCUUUAAAUUAUCAAUAUGAGAACGGUCGCAGAUAUCACUCUUAUCACGAAGGAGAAUAUGUUCUUCCGAAUGAUGAGCAAGAGCAAGAUCGCCUUGAUCUGAGCCAUCAUAUUUAUUUAAUGCUUCUGAAAGGCGAACUACACAGAGCUCCAGUAAAAGACCCCCAAAGGGUGCUUGAUAUAGGAACAGGCACGGGGAUAUGGGCGAUUGACUUCGCAGAUGAAAAUCCCGGUGCUGAUGUUAUCGGAAUCGAUCUCAGCCCCAUUCAACCAUCAUGGGUACCAUCAAAUUGUCGCUUUCAAAUCGAUGACUUCGAAGAACCAUGGUCUUACAGACAUCCAUUCGACUACAUCCAUGGACGCGAGCUCGAGGGAGCCAUUCGCGAUCACGACAGACUAUUCCAACAGGCAUUCGAUAAUUUAACACCAAACGGAUGGUUCGAGAUGGCAUCAAUGGAAGUUAACACACAUUCAGAUGACGGUACCCACCUAAACGCAAGAUGUUUAGUAGAAAGUGUGAAAAAUCUUCAAGCCUCAUCAAUAAGCUUCGGGAAAGAUAUGAAUUCAGUGAGCACAUGGAAAGAGCGAUUUGAAAAUGUCGGCUUUGUCAAUGUCCGCGAAGAUGUAUACAAGCUACCCCAGAGUCCUUGGCCUAAAGACCCCAAGUUGAAGGAACUCGGACGAUAUCAUCAGCUCAACAUGCUUGAAGCAAUGCCACCUUACACAUUUGCGCUUUUUACUCGCGUGCUGGGGUGGACUCGUGCGGAGAUUGAAGCCAUAUUGGCGGGUGUGCGGUAUGAAUUGAAAGAUCUUUCUAAUCAUUUGUACUCGAGAGUACACAUAGUAUACGGACAAAAGCCGGCAUGA